UCUGCUUGCGCACGCGGAAGGCCGGGAGCGGGCCAUUGAAGAGAACUUCAACGUGAAUAUUUCAAUUUCGCUGUCCGCCUGGGACUGAAAUGUUUUGCUGAAAAAUAGGUUUUUAGACAACAAAGCGUUAAACCUACAAGGAGGAUGGCGUACAGAGGACAAGGGCAGAAGGUCCAGAAGGUUAUGGUGCAGCCAAUCAACCUUAUUUUCAGGUAUCUACAGAAUCGCUCUCGGAUCCAAGUGUGGCUGUAUGAACAGGUGAACAUGCGGAUAGAGGGCUGCAUCAUCGGCUUUGAUGAGUACAUGAACCUGGUUCUGGAUGAUGCUGAGGAGGUCCACAUGAAGACCAAGAACAGGAAGCCCCUGGGGAGGAUCAUGCUGAAAGGAGAUAACAUCACCUUGCUACAGAGUGUUGCCACCUAACUCAACAGGAUGAAGUCCAUCCAUCUACAGCCAGCAGACAGAUUUGAGGAUCUUGUGGAUGUUUUUUUCCUUUCUAUUUUGUAGUUUUUGGAAUGUUUUUGAUUUUCUUUGUGAACAAUGUUGAAGCUCAAUGGUUUUAGGGACAUGAAUAAUGUAAUUUUCCUUUUACCAACUUUUCCUCCUCUGAAAUAAAUUUGAGUUUUGUUUCUUA